AUGACCGAUCUCACGGUCAUUUUGUCCGACAUCCUGGUCCAGAAACACUCCUCCAAGAGACUGCACCAGAACCGAGAGCUCGUAAGCAAGUUAGACUCGUUCCUGCGGGAGGCGUACCAAAUCAACCGAUCCAUCUCGUCACUGCUGGGCUACUUGCGCGCCAUCCGCUCCCCGUAUCUUUCGACGGCCCCUCCGCCUCGCCAUCAGAAACACACAGGCGUCGAGAAACAUUCUACCUUCUCUCACAUCCCGGGUGGCGAUGUGCCAGAACACCUCAACGACACGCAGCGAGAAGCAAUCGACUCCGAGACUUCGGCCGUGCUGCGCGACAUCAACAAUAAGAUAACCAAUCUCACGUCGGCGGUCAACCUACAACACGAGACGGCGAGUAAACUACUCGAGAGAAAAUAUGGCAAACCUGACGGGUUCCUCUGGCGAUGGGCGGCGGGCGACGGAGACACGCCCGACGCCGGCAAAUCACAGAAGCAACUGGACGAGGAAGGGCAACUGAGAACAAUGAAGAUGUUUCGUGACGGCGUAUUGUGGUACUUGAACAAAUUCCUCAAGGAUGCGAUCACGGCCCAGCAAGAGAUGGUCGAGAAACGGCUGGAGCGCGAACAGCAGAAGCAAAUGAGCAUACUCUACAACCCACGAAAUAAGGACGUGAGGGCGAGUCACGACGCAGAGAGUGGACUGAACGGCAGUCUCGAGGCGGCAAUGCUUCCGACCCAAGAUCUCCGUGGUCACGACGAAUACAAACCCUGGGCGAACGACGCCGCGCAGGGCGGCGUGGUCGAACAGGAACUCUCGCCCGAACAACUGCAACUUUUCGAGGAAGAAAACCGCGGCAUCUUCGAACACUUCAACGACCAACUCGCCAAGGUGACGCAGGUGGAAAAGUCGCUGAUGGAGAUUGGCAGUCUGCAGCAGACACUGGUGGGACAUCUGAGUGUCCAGGGCGAGAUGAUCGACACCCUGGUCCAGGACGCAGCCAACACGGAUGAAAACGUGCGCAGGGGCAAUCGAGAACUAAAACGGGCGAGUGAGAGGGGGAGCACGGCGAGGUUGGUGUUUUACGCGACCGUGGGCUUCUGUUCGUUCUUCGUGGUGUGGGAUUUGAUAUUCUGA